UCGAGCAAAGUCCGGAAGCAAAAUAAUAUAAAUCAAGCCUGGGUGAAAACGUAACAUAACAGUACGGUACUUGUGUCAUUUUUAAAACAUUUGGCGUUCUCUUGUCAACAUGGCAGACAGCAGAGACAAAGCAACGGAUCAAAUGAAGACAUGGAAGCAAAAUAGAAACACUCAGAAGCCAGAUCAACUGACCACAGGAGCCGGCCAUCCCAUCGGGGACAAGCUAAACCUGCAGACAGCUGGGCCGAGGGGGCCCCUCCUGGUCCAGGAUGUGGUCUUCACCGACGAGAUGGCGCACUUCGACCGCGAGCGCAUCCCUGAACGAGUGGUGCACGCCAAAGGGGCGGGGGCGUUUGGCUACUUCGAGGUGACACACGACAUCCGCCGUUACUGCAAGGCCAAGGUUUUUGAGCACGUCGGCAAAGUGACGCCCGUUGCUGUCCGCUUCUCUACUGUAGCGGGAGAAUCCGGAUCAGCGGACACAGUGAGGGACCCUCGAGGCUUCGCCGUCAAGUUUUACACGGACGAGGGCAACUGGGAUCUGACGGGCAAUAACACACCCAUUUUUUUCAUCAGGGACUCCAUGCUGUUCCCGUCCUUCAUACACUCACAGAAGCGCAAUCCUCAAACGCACAUGAAGGACCCGGACAUGGUGUGGGACUUCUGGAGCCUAAGGCCCGAAAGUCUGCAUCAGGUGUCCUUCCUGUUCAGCGAUCGAGGUUUGCCAGACGGGUACCGCCACAUGAAUGGCUAUGGCUCGCACACCUUUAAGCUGAUCAAUGCCGACGGAGAGCCCGUGUACUGCAAAUUCCAUUUCAAGACUGAUCAGGGAAUCAAGAAUAUGCCCGUAGAGGAAGCGGAACGCCUGGCUUCCUCCAACCCAGACUAUGCCAUCGGUGACUUGUUCAACGCCAUCGCCAAUGGCAAUUUCCCAUCCUGGACUUUCUACAUUCAAGUCAUGACCUUUGAGGAAGCUGAGAAGUUCCGGUUCAACCCAUUUGACCUCACCAAGGUUUGGUCCCAUAAAGAAUUCCCGCUGAUCCCUGUGGGCAAAAUGGUCCUGAACAGGAACCCGCUCAACUACUUUGCCGAGGUGGAGCAGCUGGCAUUCGACCCCAGCAACAUGCCGCCAGGCAUUGAGGCCAGUCCUGACAAGAUGCUGCAGGGUCGCCUCUUUUCCUACCCAGAUACACACCGGCACCGGCUGGGUGCCAACUACCUGCAGAUCCCUGUCAACUGCCCCUUCCGGACCCGUGUGGCCAACUACCAACGAGACGGCCCAAUGUGCAUGUUCGACAACCAAGGUGGUGCCCCAAACUACUUUCCUAACAGCUUCAGCGCACCGGAGACUCAGCCUCAGUUUGUGGAAUCACGGUUUAAGGUGUCCACCGAUGUGGCACGUUACAACAGCGAAGAUGAAGAUAACGUCACCCAGGUCCGUGACUUCUACACUCAGGUGCUCAAUGACGAUGAGCGUCAGAGGCUCUGUCAGAACAUGGCGGGCGCCCUGAAGGGGGCGCAGCUCUUCAUCCAGAAGCGAAUGGUAGAAAACCUGAAAGCUGUCUAUCCCGACUACGCAGACAGGGUUCAGAACCUUCUCAACAAGUAUAAUGCGCAGGCCCCGAAGAACACUAUUCACGUCUACAGCCGUCCAGGCGCGUCGGCCGUCGCCGCUGCAUCCAAGAUGUAAACGCAUUCCCAGCUGGAGCUCAUAACCAGAACAAAGAAGCAACAAAUCGUCAUUAAGAAAAUGCUAAUAAGCCUUCACGCACGGAUCAUCCAAGUAACACACGUAGGCCGCCAUUUUCUGGUUUCAAGGAAAAUCCUUUCUAUUUUUUAAUUUCUGUUUUGAUCUGUUUUGUCGUGCCUUUUGUCAGCCUCAUUGAACAAUGAUUGUUGGUGAUUGUUGCGUGUGGAGCAAUUCUAAUGUUAGUGAACUCAUAACUCUGUGUUAAGAUUAAUAUUCAAACCAUUUUUAUUUUGUUUUAAUCUUAUAACUGAUUGAGCUGCUGGCCAGAAUGCAAAUAGCAUAAUCAUUUUAAAGCAACACUAGGUAAUUUUUCAACCUUUAUAAAAUAUUUUCAGAACAUUUGUGAUGAUACGUCUACUGAUAACUAGUUUAAUGACAUCUCUUUUAUAUUUUGAAGGGGUCUGUAUCGCUUUCACCACUAAUUAACUUCGAGGAGGGUGGCAUGAAUCCUGCCCCACAAAAAAACUACAAAUGUGCUGACUGCUUUACGCCAUACGUCACUCCUCCCUUUCCAAAUUCAUUAUAAGUACGGAAGUUGAUGCUAACGCCUUCGCACGAAAGAUGGCAGAUAGAUACAAAAAGUUUUGUCUGAGGAGGAAAAAGAAAGGGAGCCGACCAGGAUAUACAGAAUAAACAAUGGCCCGGCUUUCGCUCACUAGUUCCGGUGGGGUAAGAGAGUUUGUGACACAGUUGCUAACUAUCAUUGGCUAUUGUUUAGCCACAACUGGAUUCAUUACCUUAUUACUUUUCAUCCUUCACAUAGCCGCUGGAAACAGAAGUGUUGUUCAAUCUAUCUGCAGGCGAACAUCAUGAUUUUAUGACACUAUGCGGGUGUGCGCUGGUCCUCAUGGGAAAUGCAGUCUUUCUUAAGGCAAAACACUACCGCUUUUGUCCACCGGCGUCGCUAAAAUUGACCAAAACUGAAAAGUUACCAAGUGCUGCUUUAAUGCUUGCUUGCCAGAGUACUCUUUAUCUCUGAAUAUGUUAUGAAGUAACGCACAGUGCCUUGUUUGUGUGUGUUCAAGUCGCAAUAACAUUGAACUCUCUCCUAAAAGACUGAUCAAUAAAAAAACGAUUUUACAGUAUAUAGAAAGUAAAGUAUUUAUUUUUGGUCAGUUCUGUUGGAAAAAUAGGGACUGUCAAAUAUUUCGAUUGAACCCUAGGGGUUCAGCAAAGGUUAAGGUUCAUACACCGACGAAAAGCAAAUUGUAGACUGGUUUGCCCCCACUUUACAGGCUUAUUUCAUUUUUAUCAACUGCUAGCCCUCUAUCUAAUGAAUGGGUAAACUGGUUUGCUCAGUGGGAGGUCGUCUCGCACUUACUAUGAGGAUGUAUAACAGACCUAAGUGUACUCCGCAGAUAAUAAUAAAAAAAAACAACAUUUGUGUCAUUUUAUGCCACAAAAAUAUUGUGAUGCAAGAAUGCGACAGUAAAAUGAGAAUUUAGACAUGAAAACAAACAAAAAGGAAACUGUGUGAAAUGAAAUGAGUUUCAUUUUCCAAAAUUAUUUGAAUGGAAAUUCACUUACAUAUUAGCUUGCUAACAUAGCUGCAUCGGCUUUGCAUUUGGGAAGAAAAAAAAACAACAAAAAACUUUAUUAUUAAAUUCCAAAAGGUUCGUUGAAUGCACAUGUGAAACUUGGGGGUUCAGUACCUAUAGCAGUGCUUCUCAAUUAUUUUCUGGUCAUCACCCAACCCCAGGAAGAAUUAAGUGUUUCGCAUCCCUCAAACUCUCUGCCGCCACUUUAAAUAGUAUCAUUUCUCUAUAAAAUUAUAAGUACACCUCUGCCUAACAUUGUGUCCUUUUUUCUGUUAAAGAAAAAAAAGUAACUUAGAUCAACUAACAAUAAAGUAUAACUUGAUUAACAUUGUUCUGUUUGUAACAGAAAAGACUUAAAGUGCAUCAAUUUGCCUGAAUUAAAAAAAAAAAAAAGUCACAUCCAAACUGUAAAAAUACACUCAAAGUACAUUUUUUCACCAUUUCAUACCGAGAAAUAAAGCGUAAUAAAUUAAUAAAUAAUAGUACAUUCAAAUUGAUCAGCAAUAUUAACUGAUGAGGACAAUAUGCCAAAAAACUUGACCGAAAAAAAAAUAAAAAAUGAAUAGAACAAAAACGAUAGUGUCAUUGGACAGUGUGACAGUUUUUCUAUUUUUGCUGCAGGCAGCAUUGCUCCUUUGCAACGGUUUGGGGUUACUUUGCACUGAGUAUGCUAAACAGUGCUCGCUAGUUUACUGAAGUAACACUGACAAAGUAAGACGACUGUUUCCAAUAUUCGGCAUGGUUUCGCUGAAAAACAAGCGGCUUAUCAAUGAGAUUAAGAUCCGAUGUCUUUAAGUGACGUCUUAAAUGAUUUGGCUUCCCGCUGUCCGCUACAGACAUUUUUAGACAAUGUAAACAGAGUGGUCUUUCCUCGUCUCCCACUGUAUUAAAAGUCAAAGCCAAACGCAGCAUUCUCGGCCACCUGGGGGGAACCGGAGGUGAGGGCGGUCGUCGUGAUGCUCCCAAGCAGAAAAUGGUGCCUCUCGGGUGGACACGCGUGAGAACCAAAGAAGACAGUGGGUCGCGGCGUGAGCUCGGCCCGAAAAUAGGGCCCAACUCUUCAGAUCUCUUGGCUGUGUGCUCGUUUGUUUCAAAAAUACUGCGCAUACUCUGAAAAUUAGAGCGCCACUGCCACCCACCGAGUGGAUGACACUUAAUUUUAGUACUGCAAAAAAGUAUGUUGCCCCAGGUCAAAUGUGCCACCCACGGCAGCAGGGCGCGCGCCACUCUAUUUAAGAAGUACUGACCUAUAGCAAGGUUAAGAACCACUGAUUUAGACUAUAAAAAAACUGUCUACGGUAUUCCAAAUUUUAGUCAAACCUGUGUUGGUUUAAUACAACUUGCCUAUUUACUGCAAAAACUAGGGUUGAAGACCCCUAAUUUGGCUAAAUUUCAAAAUUGUCCGAUAUGCAUGUGUGAUGCAACUUUGGAAAGCCUAAAAUCUCAAUUUUCUGGGAGAAGAAAAAAUUUGAACAGCAAGGCAUUUUUUUUUUUUUUAUAUAUAUUUAAACCCCUAAAACUCGAGGCGAGAGCAUGAGAGAGCAUAACUAAAGACACCAUGAUUUUAACGAGAUAUUAUCGCGUACUUACCUUGUUUCGAUCCCAAAACCGCGCGUAGCAUGUCUCACAAAGGGUGUUAAGACACAGCUGUGAAUGGCCACAGCCGGACAUUUUGGAUAUUUUAUGGGUGAAACACAGUAAUACAGGCUGUCCAUAAAGUCUCUUCACCAUUUCAAAAAUGUAUUAAAAAUGUAAUUUGUGGCAGCCCCUCGGAAUGACGACGUGAGCUCGACUGAUGUGUAAGGUUUCUUUAUUUUUCCAACACUCAUUAUGACACCGUGAAACUAAAAAUCAAUACAAUAGAAUUAACAUUUCACAGUGAUCAAUUAUCAAACAAUCCCAAACACAAAUAAAAUACCUCGCUGCGCUCUCCGAGGCGUGCAAAUCAACAUGAACAUGGAAGUGCUGCUCCGAGACAAAUUGAGCUGACAUCAGCUGGUCAAAUCAAAUAACAAUUUGCAUUUUUUAGAUGUUAAAGAAGCAAAGGAUAGAUAUUCAACUCAACAAGGAAGUGUGCUUACCGGCUCCUGUGCAGUGGCGCCUCCAGAAAUUUUUCAUAGAUGUGGCCACUUAAAAUCUUGGGGUGGCCAAAACUAAAAGCCAUAAUUUCAGGUUUUCAUUAUAUUAUUGCAGUAAAAAGGUCAGGGGAAAACUAUCAGAAAGACUUAAGCACAUGGCUCCAGAUAUACUUUGGUGUAUUGUGUAAUAUUUGAAGUUACUAAUGAUUUAAUGUGCAUAGUCCAUAACUGUCCUGUCAACAUUUUGAGUUCCACAACAAUUCGUGUUAUGUAUAUAUCAGGCAUAAGGUGUACAUUUAACUAGGGCUGUCAAACAAUUAAAAUUUUUAAUCGAGUUAAUCACAUCUUAAAAAUGAAUUAAUCGUAAUUAACCGCAAUUCAAACCAUCUCUAAAAUAUGCCAUAUUUUUCUGUAAAUUAUUGUUGGAAUGGAAAGAUAAGACAAGACUGAUAUAUACAUUCAACAUACUAUACAUAAGUACUGUAUUUGUUUAUCAUAACAAUAAAUCCACAAGAUGGCAUUAACAUGAUUAACAUUCUUUCUGUGAAAGGGAUCCACAGCUAGAAAGGCUUGUAAUUUUCAAAGGAUAAAUGUGAGUUUGUAUAUUGUGACUAAAUAUUGCCAUCUAGUGUAUCUGUUGAGCUUUCAGUAAAUGAUACUGUAGCGACAUAACUGUUCUGCCCAAAUGCAUGAUGGGAAGUGGUGCAACCAAGACUGUGUGUGGUGGCUGUAAAUGCUAUAUCUUCUUUGCGUUGGGUACACUACAGGGUGUUAAGAAAAAGAUCAACUCCUGUCAUUCUUCCCCAAGUCGCUUCCCACAAUAUUUAUAGUUACUGUGGGAGAGAUGGCAAAUCUUUUACCAAUUAAAAGCACGGCCCCAAUGAAUGCUUGUAUCUACUCCACUCACUUGACACUGCCUCUUAUCUCAGUAUAAAAGUAAAACGGCGCCAUUGUAGGCUGUUUGCGGCAAUGCGUGAAUGAGUCGUACCAAGAAUGCGUUAAUUGCGAUAAAUAUUUACACGUGAUUAAUUAAUAAAAUUAAUGACCACCCGUUAACGCGAUAAAUUUGACAGCUCUACAUUUGACAAAACAAAAUAAAUGCAAUCAUUUGGGAUGAAAUGCAUAACUGAUGCUACAACAAUCUAACGAUAUACUGGCAAGCGGGGUGGCCAGUGGGGUGGCCAACCAAUUUAGCAGCUUCCCUUUUAAUGCUGUCCUUAUAAUAACGAUCUGCUGCAUCGUAUAUCACUUUGUGACUUUCCACCUCCAUGAUGAAACGUUCUUCGUCCAUGUUUUCUGGUGUUUAAACCUUAGAUGCACAAGUUACUGGACCCUACACUCUUCCAUAAGUGGGUCAAAAAUGACCCAUAUUAGAACCAAUGUGUUUUUAUGCAAUUUUAGUGAAGAAUAAUCAAUUGUAUAUUAAUUAGUAUUAGAUAAUAUUAUUAGUAUGAUCUUAAUGAUUAAAUUAACAUUUUUUGAAAAACAAAAAAACAGAACAGCAAUAGACUUUAUCCUUCCUUGUAAUUUAUCAUCAAUGAUGAAGAGCUCCCAUGCAUCUUUUUGGUGAGACAGCGGUGCUAAGCCCUUCUGAAAGCACUGACCGAUUUCUAAGGAUAUUGUGGCUCUGUGUUCUGCCCUGGGUGGGAGGUAAUUCUGUCUAGUAAGAGCCCUACCAACUCAUUCUGUUGGCCAUGAUUUGGACACUUUCUUCUUCAGAGGACACAUAAGUGGAAUCUUAUGAGUCAGAUUGAUCCUGUUCAGUUGGAUUUCCAGGUGGACAACUGCCACUGCCACCUAGACAAUAGUCUGGGUCCUCAUCAUCAGAAAUUUCAGACACUUGAGUCCAACCCUGUCACUGCCUCAUCCAACAUCUGUUGGACCAUUUCAGCUGUAAAUUUAGCAGCUAUGACAUUUUGGAUAAGGAAACAUAAGAGUAGUGUUUUCAAUAGAUCAAUAUGUAGCUAUAUAAAUAUACACACCAGGGGUCGUGUUAACCGAAUAUUUUCCGUCGUUGACCGGUUUUUUAAAAUGGUGACGGAAAAAACUGAAGUCCGUCUGUCAUUUUGACAGGUUGCAAUUCACACCCCAGACCAUAGGGUGGCGAGUGAGCAUAUUAAUUAGCUAUUGUCUCUCUUGAUGCAUGACGUCGUUGGCCUUACUCGGAAAAAUGUCAAGGCAACUGAGUGUCCGAAGUUUUUUCAAAAAGCCCCAAAACGAUGAUGGUGUUGAUAAAAGAGGUGAAAAAAAGAGUCAGAUUCAGCCUCCAGAACAACGAUAAAACGGCCAUGAGAAGUCAUCUGUCCGAGGCAAAAGUCCAAAACCUCAUGACAAUAGCCUCUGCAGCAAUCCCACUUGAGACAUUUGAUUAUGCACAAGCGGGCACGCAAUUCAAGUCCAUGCGCACCAGGAGGAAGGUGUGAGACUGCGUUCAGGCCACAGCAGGUGAACUGUUAAUUUCAUUGUUCCAUAUGUAGCCUACCUACUGGGGCCACAGUCAGCUGUUUUUGUCACUGCGGAGAAAAAGUUACAUAUUCAUCUGCUUGAUGUGUGAUGCCACGGUGUGGAUUCUCUGUUAAGCUUGUUCGGACAGAAUUAUAAUUAAAAAUACAUGAAAACUAAAUACUAUUGAAUAUGUCAUUAUUAUCAUUUUAAAAAUUUAAGUGACGGGUAAAAAUAGAUUAUGACCAGAUUUUUAUGACCCUGUCAGUCAAAAUGACAGACAACGAAAAAGUCUAGCGCAACCUCUGAUACACACACACACACACACACUAUAUAUACAGUAAUGUUAGUUAACCUAGGCUAGGUUCAUACCGCAGGUUUUAAUGCACGAAUCCGUUUUUUUCAUGUUUUUCCGACUCGACUGAAUGGGAAAAGUCACAAGAAGUGGACCAUUUCAAAUUCGAUCCAGGUCACUUUCAUAUGUGGUUAAAAUCCCAUCCAGGCCACAUUUUUCCAGAAUGUGGCUGCGGUCCGAACUGUCAAGUCCCCCAAAUUGGAAUUAAUGCAGCAAUUAAUAUCAGCAAAGAGCAAGAGGGACAGGGUGCUACGGUAGCGGUGCAGCUGUGCAUUAGCGUUAGCACCUAGCUUGAACGCGGCUUUUGGGGAAGGAGCGGGCUUGACAACAGUCAUAAAAAUUAAAAUGGGUUGAGGAUAAGCCUGACAACGCUCGGUUUUCUCUCUGCUCCAAUGCUCCUGAUCAUGCGGGCUAGUUUGCUCAGCGCAUCUCGGACUACGAAUUAGAGCGCAUGUGUGAUACAUGAACAGGUUCAAUGGAUAAAGGCAGUCUGAAUGGGUACGCUAAAAAAACAGAUAUGACAAAAAAAAUCUAAAUUGUGCAUUUGGACCUGUGGUAUGAACCUACCCUUAGAAGUUAGGUAGAAGUUAUGAAGUAGGUUAAUUUGUUGAUAAAUAAUAUAAAAAAAAAACAGUCAUGAAAGACACACUAAGUACUAUAUGGACAUAGUACACGUAUCAGCUCUUGCUGUGUAACAUAAUCUUAAGGGUUGUCACUUUUUACAUACUUAGUCUGUGUGGUCCACUGUAAAUUUAUUCCUGACAGCCAAAGUUGACAAGAAUGAAAGAUUCCCAUUGGAUUCCAUAGAAAAUGCAUGUGAGUCAUUUUGACCCACUUGGGAACCUUAUGGGUGCAUGGCAUCAUGAAUGCUUUGAAAUACCAGGACAUUUUAAAUCAAAAUCUGUUGCCCUCUGCCCGAAAGCUGAAAAUGGGUCGUCACUGGGUCUUUCAGCAAGACAAUGACCCUAAACAUAUGGCCAAAUCUACACAGAAAUGGUUCACCAGACACAAAAUCAAACUCCUCCCAUGGCCAUCUCAGUCCCCAGACCUCAACCCCAUUGAAAACCUGUGGGGUGAGCUGAAGAGGAGAGUACAGAGGAGAGGACCCAGGUCUCUGGAUGAUUUAGAGAGAUUCUGCAAAGAGGAAUGGCUGAAGAUCCCUUUAUCUGUUUUUUCCCAUCUUGUGAAACAUUAUAGGAGAAGAUUAGGUGCUGUUUUGUUGGCAAAAGGGGGUUGUACAAAGUAUUAACACCAGGGGUGCUAAUAAUUGUGACACACAUUAUUUCCCCCACUGAAUAAAUGCACUUGUAUUGAAGGUUGGAUUUUUCUUUUUUUCAUUAAGGUCCCAUAUUAUUUAGAAGAAAAAAAAUUAGAAGCCUAAAAACACAUAAUUUUUAUAAAUCCAAUAAUUAUGGAGGGCACUGUAGACGGAUUUUGAAUCGAUACGAGAAUUGCGUGACUUCAUUUUGCAAUAUAUCUCAUUUGAUUUUUUUUUUUUUAUCUUUUUGGUAACACCUUUAAUAUGUAACAUACUCUACAAACGUCUCACUUUCUCUCAGUUCGGAAAAGGAUUCGCUGAUUGCCAUGCUUUGCGCUAAAAUAGGAAGAGGAGCACUUCAGUGGCGAUUCAAAUUAGAGGCGGGGCCAGUGCCCCAGUGGUCCCACCCCUACAACUGCUACUGAAUGUGUUAUGACUAAAAAAUAAAUACAUUUAAAAAAAUCAAAUCUUUUUUUUUUUUUUUAACCUGAUUCCAAUCCUGUGUUCCACAAAUGUAAGUGGAAGGAUUUGAAGUUGGCCCUCGCAUUCUUUGAGUCUUCUGAAAUUGGAGGAAAAUGUUUUGACCCCCAUUAUUAGGCAACAAAGCGAUAGAAUGCAAUACCACAAGGAAAUAGGCGUUAAGAUAAUUUUCUAUUUACCGAGACAUCAAGCCUAAAGAAGCUAAUUCUGGAAAAACUCCACAAAAAAAGGGCAUGCAAAAACAGUCUGCAUGUGCAAACUUUUUUUUUUUUUUUAACAUAGCAAGAAACCAUUUUUUCCCCCACCCUCUGUUUCCUCCAGUGUUGCUGCCCGCUUCCGCCAGUGGAAAAAAAAUAACCUCAAACCACAUUUUUGCACAGAUGCAAAGCAACGUUCGAAAGUUACUCAGCAUGUUUCUGUACAAACACCGGUUUAUAAAGAAGCCAUUAACAACAGGUGGCAAAAAUAAGAUGCUUAAGAAUAGAAUAGAACAAAAUAGAAAGCCUUUUUUGUCAUUGUACAACGAGAUUUAAAGCUGCGCCAUAACGUGCACCACGUGAAACAAAAGUACAUUUAGGCUAAUAUAGUAUAAAAACACAGGUUAAAGGGCACACAAAUCAUCUAUACUUAUAUAUAUAAAUAUUAAUGGAAUUUUGUCUUUGUAGGGAUGUUUGUGUGCGUGUGUUUGUUCCCUAUGGACUCUGGAACAGCUGGGUGUUAAAGUGCCUGUGACACGAAAAAGCAUGUUUAUUUCAUAAUACACGCGGUAUUUUAUGCCCCUGAAUGAUAUGGACCGCUUGGAUGUGUGUGGAAGCGAUCGCUAUAUUUAUUUAGUUUUUUGAAUCACGCGCCAUGAAAAUGAGUGACUUCCGGCUUCGGUCUCUCAUUGAGGAGGAGGCCGCUGUGACGUGUACGGUAGAAGACGUUCUCUUCACUAUACAGUGUACUGUUGUGUAUGAGGACGAAGGAUUCAGCUGAUUUUGCGGAUUAAUACUUUUAUUUUUUGCAUCGCGCCAGCCAAACGGCUGCAGAAAAAUCAUUCUGUAUGCGGGAAAGGCGUAUGCGCCUUUUUGGAGUUUUAAAAGGUUCCCAUUCACCGUGGAUAUUUACAGUGGGACCAUUGGACUUACAAGGAAGUGAGUAAACAUCUUGUUUUGUAUUAUGUCAAAUACGAAUACAGUGAUUACAAAGUAAACACUAUAAAAUUCCUUUAAAUAAAGGACUACUUACGUUUGAUCAUUGAUAGGCAUGUAAAAAGCUAUCCUCAUGCUCAUUAGCAGUUAGCUGUUAGCACGUUAGCUCCACAACAACUCCAGCCAUCCUCCUCCAGGGAACGAACUGUAAAUUGCUCUCCGCCGGGCGGUUUGCCGAUCCGCAAAGAAACUCGACAACCGGGUCGUCAUGUCAAAUAAUCCAGGCUAGUUAUGUGUGAUUUUCCACUUCGAAGACUUUGAAACGUCCCUCGGUUCGGGUUAGCAUGUCUGCUAGCUGUCACUCCUUCUGGUCUGUUUACAUUCUCCGAAGCCGGGGAAGGGAAAUUACAUAUGUCCGAUUUAGGUGUCAUAAAAUAUCGUUCGGGAGGUGUGACAGUAAAGGUGAAGUCGACUGUUUUGACCAUUAUGGAGUAAUUUUGCCAUGUCGUCUUGAAUAAAUGGAUUUUUAUUAUUUUAUAUUCCAUUUAGCACAAGAUUGUUAUUUGUCAUGACCAUGCCAUUUAUUUAGCAAUUGGGGAAAGUACUUGGGUAAAAAGAAUAUCCUGUAAAAAUAUUGAAGUAAAGAGACAGAAACAAUGACAUUUUGCCGCUCUCUUCGUCGCGUUUUCCUCAUUGUGAAUAGUUCCCCCUCGACGGGCUGACUGGUCCUUCUCAAGCCAUAUAUAUAGCUAUUGGGGAAAAAUACUUGGAUAAAAAGAAUAUCCUGUAAAAAUAUUGGGAGUAGAGAGACUGAAACAAUGACAUUUUGCGGCUCUCUUCGUCGCGUUUUCCUCGUUCUGAACAAUCCCCCCUCAAUGGGCUGAAUAGUAAAACCGAUGAGCCCAGUCUACCGCUGACGUCAUCCACCUGUUGGGGACGCUAAAGCCCUAUAAUGGUAGGCGUGGCUAACCGGCAGAUUAAAAGACUCAUUUCUCGUAAUCUUUGCUUUGCUAAAUUGUUGUAUAUAGUCGAAUCGUCUCAAAAUAUGAUUCUAAUUCACAUAAUAAUGCCAUUUAAGACUUUUUUUCUGGUGCCAUAUGCUCUUUAAGCCUGAACGAUAUAUCGUUUAAACAUUGCCAUCGCGAUGUGCGUGUGCGCGAUUGUCCCAUCGCAAGCACGUGCGAUAGUUUACUCCUCACUUUCUGGUCUGCGCACAGCCUCCUACCCUCCCUCUCCCAGCCUUUUGAUCCUCUCAGUCACUGCAGCACAACGAUGGCUUUGAUCUGGCCAAGGAAGCAGGCUUCACACGGGCAUCUGUCAAUCAUCGUUUUACUUGUUAAACAGUUGCAAGGAAGCCGCGCUGGAAUGAAUGUGUGUACUGUGGGGACGUUGGAGACAUUUAAAUGCCAGAAGUGAUCAUGAGUAAUUUGAAAUUUACAUGUCACUUCAACGGUCACAGCUAAAGUAGAUAAAAGCAUUUAAUAAAGCCAAGCAUUUAUCUGCUACAGUACUUCAUUCUUUUUCAAAAAUGAUUUGGUUGGACAGUUAUGUUUAAAACUUAUCAUAAUUAUGACAUUUGAAGUGCUUAAAAACCAUUUAUUUAUAUACAUUUUUUAAAUCACUUUGGGGGGGGAAAGUGAGAAAAAAACAUCUUAUAUGUAUCUCUUUCCAAUGCUAAAUCGGAAUAAAUACAUUGGGCACAAAAAAAAACACACACACACACACACACACAAAAAAAAAAAAAAAAUGGGAGGGUGCGCUACUUUGCGGUUUUUCACUUAUCGCGGCGGGUUCUGGUCCCCAUCUAAAAUCUUUCCAAACGGCUAUUUAAGUCAUCUUGUGAAAAUUUCUUGACAAAAAUAUAUAUACAUUUUUUUUAAUAUCGCAAUAUAAUAUCGCAAUUUAUCGCAAACCCCAAAAAAAUCGCAGCAAUAGUUUUUUCCAAUAUCGUUCAGGCCUACUGGGCGUAUUUUGACGAAAUUUCACUCUGUUGUACUAUACAGUGGUGCUCAUCUUACUUUAAAAAAGUAAUUAGUUACAGUUACAAAUUACUUCUCCCAAAACGUAAUUGAGUUAGUAACUCUGUUACCUCAAUGUAAGAGUAAUUAGUUACUCGGCAAAUUAACUGACCUUACUUUUCAUGUUCUACACGUUAUUACAUGAUCUAUUCUAUAAUGUCUUUCACAUCAAAUAUGUUUAUAUUAACUGAUUGAAUUGAACUGUUUUUUUAAUUCCCCAAAAAACAUAGGUUGCACGUUUUACUUUUUUUUUUUUUUUUUUUAAUAAAUUUCCCCUAUAGAAGUGUGUAAUGGUAUACACACUGUAACUUUCAAAUGCUGUGAGGAAAAAAAGCCUUUUUGUUUUUCCUGUUGUACUGAACCCGCACCGAACAGUGACCUCGUACCGAGGUACGUACUGAACCGUGACUUGUGUGUACCUUCACAUACACUACCAUUCAAAAGUUUGGGGUCGCUUAGAAAUGUCCUUCUAUUUUGAAAGAAAAGCAGUUUUUUUCAAUGGAAAUAACAUUAAACUAAUCACAAAAACACUCUAUACAUUAUUAUUAUUGUGGUAAAUGACUAUUCUAGGUGGAAACGUCCAGUUGUAAUGCAAUAUCUACGUAGUUUUGUAAAGACGCCCAUUUACAGCAAGCAUCACUCCAGUGUUCUAAUGGUACAUUGUGCUUGCUAGUUGCCUUAGAAGGAUAAUAGAUUAUUAGAAAACCUUGUGCAAUUAUGUUGGCACAGCUCAAAAAAGUUUAGGUGAGACAUGUCCAAAGUCCGACCCGGGGGCCAAAUGCGGCCCCUGGUCAAAUUUCAUCCGGCCCCCAGCCUCUGCCCUAAAAUCAAUAACGUCUGGCCCGCACAAGGACUUAAUAAGUUGGUCAGCAGUACUGUUACCAGCAUAUGAAGUAGCUUACACACUUAAUGCUACUCAUCAUUUACCCACUAAAAGGCAGCAAUACUCUAAGCAACAUUUCCCCAUGUGACCCUUUACUUCCAUUUUCUAAAAUGGCGACAAUCAACAAAGAGUUGACUGACGGCCGACGCUUCAAGGAUAGGUGGAAAUUGGACUAUUUCUUCACUAAAAUACGCAACAACUGUGUCCGCCUCAUUUGCAAAGAGACAGUCACUGUUUUUAAAGAGUUCAAUGUGAGGCAAUAUUACCAAACGAGACAUGCUGACAUGUACGACAAGAUUACAGGGAAGAUACGUUGUGAGAAAUUAAAGCAACUUGAAGCUAGUUUAUUUGACAGUAGUAUUUCGCAAGAGCCCGAGAGUCGAAAGAGAACGCCACAAAGGCUAGUUGUGAGAUUGUUGAAAAUAUUAAUUAAAUAAUUUAUUUUAAAAAAUAAAGCAAAUGUGACGCACAGAAUGGCUUGCUAAAAUUUGCUUAAAUAUAUUGUUCUUAGGGCUGUCAAACGAUUAAAAUUUUGAAUCGAGUUAAUCACAGCAUAAACAUUAAUUAAUCGCAAUUCAAACCAUCUAUAAAAUAUGCCAUAUUUUUCUGUAAAUUAUUGUUGGAAUGGAAAGAUAAGACACAAGACAGAUAUAUACAUUCGACAUACUGUCCAUAAGUACUGUAUUUGUUUAUAUAACAAUAAAUCAACAAGAUGGCAUUAAUAUUAUUAACAUUCUGUUAAAGCGAUCCAUGGAUAGAAAGACUUGUAGUUCUUAAAAGAUAAAUGUUAGUACAAGUCAUAGAAAUUUUUUAUUAAAACACCUCUUAAUGUUUUCGUUUUAAUGAAGUUUGUAAAAUUUUCAAUCAAAAAAUAAACUAGUAGCUUGUCAUUGUUGAUAUCAAUAAUAAUUAUGGUGCUGAAUCUGAAUGUGCUGAAACCCAUAAAAUCAGUCGCACCCAAGCACCAGCAGAGGGCGGAAAAACACCCAAAAACACAAGUAACAAGUGAAAAUGACACUUUGCUGUCAUUUUAAUCUGUUUGAGCGGGGCAUGCGCGUUAAAUGCGUCAAAUAUUUUAACGUGAUGAAUUUUAAAAAAUUAACACCCGUUAACGCGAUGAUCUUGACAGCCCUAAUUGUUCUACGUAAAAAACAUCAGCCAAGGUCGGCCCCCCCAAAUUUUUACGACACCAAUUCUGGCCCCCUUUGCAAAGAGUUUGGACACCCCUGGUUUAGGUGGUUAGAGAAACUAUAAAACACAUCUUCCUUUGAGCUAGCUGUGUAUCUGGAGCAUCACAUUUGUGGGUUUGACUAAACUCUCAAAGUGGCCAGACUCAAAAUGGCCAGAAAAAGACCAUUUUCAUGUGUAACUUGACAGUCUGUUCUUAGAAAUGAAGGCUAUUCCAUAAGAGAUAUUGCCAAGAAAUUGAAGAUUUCCUAUAACCAGGGGUGCACAUAAGUGGUCCGCAUGCGCGCAUGCGUACUGGACGUAGACAAACGCGCUGGCCCUCAACGGUUUCCAUACGCUUUUGCGUACCGAUGGCUGACCACUGUAUUUGCGGCGGACACGAGAAAAUAACUUAUCAAAAUGUCGAAGAGGCAGGCCACACUGAGUAAUUACUUCCGUGUUCCCCCACCCCCGUCAAAAGACAGACAGACAGACGACAGAGACGUCACCGGAGCUCCCGAAAAAAAGGACUUUUGCUGAAAAGUGACUACAGGAGUUAGGAUGGCUAGAAGCAAAUGAUGCUCGCACGGAAAUGCGUAACAAAAUGUGCCGUGAGAAUCCCAAUGUCACCGAUGAGAGCAGCGCAUUUUAUGAAGGGUCAAAGAAUUUCAGCCAUCCAAACUUUGAAAAGCACGAAAAAAACAGAGAGCAUGUGGCAAUUAAGCAAACUAUCGAUGUCAGGCAAGUGGCGGAAUAGGGCGGAAUAAAGGUAAUGAACAGCGACAUGCACUGACAAACGUGUUUUUGCUCGCAUUUUACAAAGCUAAACAUGCACAUUCAAGGAGGUCUUAUGAGGAGGACAUCCCACUUUUAAAAAGGCUUGGAGUUAAUGUGGGAGCCGCAUAAUGCCCUUUAUUUUGAAUUGGUGCUUUUAUGUUUAUUUCUUUACAUUUCACUUCAAAGUAAUGACAAUUUUGUUGUGCCAGUUGAUGUUAAUCAAGCAUUAAUUGUUAAUAUAAUUAAAGUUAAUUGGCUCUAAGUAAAGCUUGUCAUAAAUUUAUUGCAUCAGGCGGGUCGGCUCUCAAGCUCAAUGAGGACCAAGUCACAUCUCCAGGUCCUCCUCUGAGAACCUGGGCAAAAAAAUUAUGUGCACCCCUGCCUAUAACGCUGUGUACCACUCCCUUCAGAGAGCAGCACAAUCAAGAUCUAACCAGAGUAGAAAGACAAGCGGGAGGCCCUGCUGCACAACUGUUAGGUCUAAACUUAAUACUUGAACUAAGAAAACAACAAAAGACCUAGGAAGGGACGGAGGAAGAAUCAGACUUGAGAUGGAGAUAAAAUUAACACUGGUGGCCACCAGGGAGAAGGCUGAUAGCGCAGCGCUUCUCAGCCUCCCUCCUGGGGGCCGUGUCUUUUAUUGAGAACAGAAACCAGAAUGAAACAUUAUGGUGACGUCUACUGAAAACAGAAACAUAAUGACUCUUUUCAUUGUGUAAGCACUAAAGCACAAGCGAAUAGACUGUUACAUGAGAAAACAUAAUCAUAACACCUAGUUUCAAACACACAUAAUUGGUUUAAAUACUGUCAGUGUGCAAAAGCAUUAAAGCACAUCUUACAACAACCGAGCAAGAAGACAAAUAGAUAAGAGUGUCUAGUUUGAGAAAUAGAUGCCUUGCAGGUCCUCAUCUAGCAGCUUCAUUAAAUACUACCCGUAAAACGCCAGUGUCAAUGUCGACAGUGAAGAGACUACUCCGGGAUGCUGGUUUUCUGGGCAGCGUGGCAAAGGAAAAAGCUUUAUCUGAGACUGGAUAAAAAAAGGAAACAAUAUGUGCAAAAGAACACAGACAUUGGACAGAGGAAGAUUGGAAGAAAGUUAAGGACAGAUGAAUCAAAGUUUGAGGUAUUUGGACUUUGGAUCAAAGAAAAGAACAUUUGAGACACACAAAACAACUGAAAAGAUGCUGGAAGAGUGCCUGAUGUCAUAUGUCGACAAUGGUGAAGGUAACGUGAUGGUCUGGGGUUGCUUUGGUGUUGGUAAAGUGGGAGAUUUGCACAAGAGCAUCGGGAUUUUAAAUAAAGAAGGCUAUCACUCCGUUUUGCAACACCAUGCCAUACCCUGUGGACAACGCUUGAUUGGAGUCAAUUUUCUCAUACAACAUCACAGUGACCCAAAGCACACCUCCAAAUUAUGCAAGAACUAUUUAAGAAAGAAGCAGGCAGCUGGUGUUCUAUCUGUAAUGGAGUGGCUAGCACAGUCAACAGAUCCGAAACCGUUGCGGAGCAGCUUGACCGUAUGGUACGCAGGAAGUGCCCAUUAAGCCAAUCCAACUUGUGGGAGGUGCUUCUGGAAGCGUGGAGUGAAGUUUCUCUUAUCUUCUUUCUCUUCUUCUCAACAAAUUAACAGCAAGUAUACCAUUGGUCUGCAAAGCUGUAAUUGUUGCAAAAUGAGCAUUCUCUGAUAAAAGCCAAGUUUGAGGGAGAAAAUUAUUAUCUAAAAUAAAAAUCCUUAUUUCCAACCUUGUCAAUGUCUUGACUAUAUUUUCCUACUCGUUUUGAAACUCAUUUGAAAAAUUAAAGUGUGACUUUUGAAGGAAAACACAAAAUUGUCUGGGUGACCCCAAACUUUUGAAUGGUAGUGCAUAUUGAUAUAUUUUUCGAUAUGCACGUAAGGCUCUGAAUCUCUUCCCUCUCCUAUCUUUGCUCUAGUUGUUUUGAUUUUUAUUUUUUAAAAAGAGACACAAAGUUUAUGGAUCCGCCAUUCAAGAAAAGUUUAUGGCAAAGGACUAUUUUUGGUAGUAAAAAAACCCCAAAAUUAUUAUUAGAGAUGUGCCGAUCAAUCGGGUCCGAUCACGUCAUUAUCAAAGUAUCGGAAUCGGCAAAAAA